UACAUAUUUCUUGAGAAAGAGAAGAAAAUAAAUGAAAACUUUCAUCGUAUGACUUUACAUAUUGUAUUAUUGUGUGUUUUUAAAUAUAUUCGUUUCACUCCACAGUUUCCUCUGUCAUCAUUGAACUAUUCCGAGUGCAUGUCAUAAUAAAUUACCUCGUCUUUUACUCCUGGAGUGUUAUGCAUCAUACAGCACUUACACCUCGAAAGCAACCGAGAUACUGUACAUUGGAGACGACGUCGAAAAAUGAUUAAAAAAUAUAAAUGAAAAAAAAAUUCUAUAUAUUUGGUGUAGAAUUUCCCAGCUAAAGCUCUCGAAGCACGAAAAAAGAAAACACAACAAGCAACAAAAAAAUAGAUUGCAUCCGAGGCGUCUUAAUGUCGCUAUCGAGCGAUAUGACACAUUCUUGCUAAAGUGAAACGAAACGAGCGUCAACGAAUGAAAUGGCGAUAGUUUAAGUUUAAAAAAAAAGUUUAAACACAAAAAAAUACAUGAAAAAAUACACAAGGAACCCAUAGAGCUCUUGCCUUGCUGCGAAAAAUUUUCUGGACGCCGCACCACCGAUAAAGAAAAAAAUACAAGAAAGAAGGCAGCUGCAAGCCCAAUUGAAGCAACAACAAAAGCAUCGUUGAUCCAGAAGACGGAAAACUCACUGCUUGCAGUUAGUGAGUAGGAGAAGAAGAAAACGGCACUACACACAACUUGUGUUAUUUUUUUCGUCGAAGCUUUUUUUCGUCCUUCAAUGCACAUUAUGGAAUAGAGAAAAAAAAGCUCACCACCACAAGUGCUAGCGCAAGUAAACAUAGAAUUGAACGAAGAUAUAACGUUUUGAGGAGGCGAAAAAAAAGUGCAUACAUACUUAAAAAUAUUCAUUCGGAUACAUUGCCAGAAAGAACAUUUUUUACGAGGCAAAAAUAAAGCAGACCAAAACCAACCAGUAGAAUAUUAUUUCAUAGAGAAUUUUUUUCAUGGUGGAAAUUCGUCGGAUUUUCUCUACUGCUGCUGCUUGUUUGCUUUUUUUUGGUGUUCGGGACAAAGUUUCCGUUAAAAUAUUUUUUCAUAUUUUUCGGGAGUUGAACGUAAAGUACACUUGUAGAUUGACUGUCCAAUUUAGUGGAAGAAAGAGUUCUCUAGAUCUCGAACGCAAUUGAAAAACUUAUUGAAGUAGUGAAAUAAAGAAGAAAAAAAAAGUGAAUAGAGAUUUGUGUAAUAAGAUUUGUGUUAAAAGAGUAGUGAAAUAAAGAAAGAAGAGAAAAAUAAGACAGAAGUUGUAAACAGUUGUAGAUAAACAGAUAAAUGCAUAUCUUUAAAACAUUAUUAUCAAUGCCAAUGUUUCAAAAAUUUAUUGACUUUGCGUCACAUCGCUUUGUGGCAAACGAAUUGGAGAAAAAUCAAAUUUCAAAAGAAGAAACAAUUGAAAAUUAUUUUUCGGCAGUGGACAUUAAAAAAUGGCGGAUUGUUCUUAUAUUCGUUGUAUACAAGAGCGACGAUUUAUAAAGCGCGAACUUCAGAAGUGGUACAAGGAUAUGGUUUAUAUUGUUGGAUUAGAACGAGUUGCUGAGGAAUUGAUGGGACGAAGAAAAUGGAAACAGUAUCAAGAUUCUUUAGCUCAAUCAAAUGCAACGGGUUUAUUAGAGAAACAAUCUCCCUCAAUUGAUUAUCAAGAAACAAGUAAUAAAUUGACAGCAGAAAAAAAAAAGAAAAUUGAAAUCAAACCGGAAGCAAAGGAAGAAAAUAAAUUAAUGACCAUAGAAGAAGACGUCGGCGAAAAAUUAGAAAGAGAAAUAAAAACGGAAGAGGACUCCGAUAAUCACAUUGACGCAAAAAGUGGACUGUUGGUAACAGAGAACGUCACUUCCCAUUCUCCAAAGCCAGUAGAUUGGAAGCCACAAGAAAAGUGUUACUUUUGUGUUGACGGAAAACUUUUAAAAGUGAACGAGAUAGGCGAGCUUGUCGUUGAGGCAGGUCCGGUACAACCGGAAACUGAACUACUCAACAAACAUAUAAUUGAAUCAGAAGAUUCAAGUUCAAGUUCAGAAACUAUACAAAAAACAACAAUUCAACAAUCAUUGCCAUCGAAUUUCAUUCCUAAGAAUUUGGAAGCUUUGUUGAAGACAAUCGGAGUUGAUCCGAAUAUGACGUCUUUAGAAUCUAUGGCAGCAGCUGCUCAACUUGCAGCAUUCCAACGACUUCAAUCAGUUCCCGAACUGAAUCAGUUAAAUCCAUUUUAUCCAAAUGUAUUUUUCCAACAAUUUCAACAACAAAUAUCUCCAACGACAACACCCGAUCGGACAUCAAGUCCAUCCGUGAAAAUACCGACAAAUGUUGAUCUUCCAAUGCCAUCGCCGACCAACCAAUCGGGUGAGCAACCGCUUGAUCUCAGCGCAAAACCUGGUGGAUCAUCAAUGGGUGACUCAAAAAAUAUUUUCAAAGCAAAGCCACGAAUAUCAACAGUUCCAGGUCGUCGUUCAUACACAGAAGAAGAACUUAACAAUGCAUUGCAAGACAUUCUUAGUGGUAAACUUGGCACGAGACGUGCUGCUGUUUUGUACGGAAUUCCAAGAUCAACAUUACGAAACAAAGUUUACAAAUUGGCCAUUGAGCAGAAACGUGAACUUUUGGCAAACAAUCCACCAAUUGCUGUGCUUGAGGGUGACGAUGAUGACAAAGAUUCAGAACAAGAGGAAGACAAAGUUGUCAACAAACAAAAUUCAAAUGAUCAAUUGCAAGCAUAUUUGAAGUUGUUUGAAAAUUCGCAACAAAUGAAAGUUGAACCAAAAUCAAAUGCAUGGUCAAUGGAUCCAAAUACAUUGCUUCAAAGUCUUUUACUGGCAAACGCUAGUGGACUUGGAGGUUUAGGUGGGUUUCCAUCAUUCUUUCAGUCAUCAUCGAAAGAAGAACUGCCAGAAUUCUUACGUAAACUUUUAACCCAGCCGAAAGAAAUGAAAGCAAAUGAAAAUGAUAAAAAUGAUAACAUCACAAAUGCUAGCAAUGGUAUCGCAAGUCCCAUCGAUCGUUUAUCAAUGUUGAACUUAUUCCAACAACAAUACAAUCACAAAGCAAACUCAUCAGCAACACCCGACAUGGAUAUGGAAGGUAGCGACGACUCUACGAUCAAUUCUUCAAUUCUCAAAGUUCCGUCCGUUAAAUCAUUGUUUGGACCGGGAGCUUUAUCUUCAUCAUCAUCAUCAUCCGCCCAAAAUAAAAACGGUGACGUUUCACACUCUACACCUUCCACUUCGCCACAAAUUGCUUCUGUUCUAUCUACGAGUCCACAUAUGCAACCAUCUUCAGGCCUUCAACAAUCAUCAUCGAUGGCCAGUCAUUUGGGAUUAAGAUCGCCACCAAAUCUUAAUCGACAGAGAAGCGAAAGCUCAUCACCGCCAAGUGCAAAGUUCAACCUUCAUGACGUUAUUCGUCAGAGUAUUAGCAAAAAUUUCCAAUCGAACCUUAUGGAAGAUCACAAACAUUCCACGCCACUUAUGAUUGAUCCAAUGGAUCCAUUCCAGAAUAAACGUCCUAGUAUUUCAGUUAUCAAGAAUCUAGGCGGCACUGAUAUCUCGCGAUUCGGUAGCAAUCCAAACAUCACACAACUUACGCCCCAACAAUUAUCACCGAAUAAUACUGGCACAGGUGGAAAGGGAACAAGACCAAAGCGCGGAAAGUAUAGAAAUUAUGAUCGCGAUAGUUUGGUUGAAGCUGUGAAAGCAGUUCAACGUGGUGAGAUGUCGGUUCAUCGUGCUGGAAGUUAUUAUGGUGUUCCCCAUUCAACAUUAGAAUAUAAAGUUAAAGAGCGACACUUGAUGAGACCGCGUAAACGAGAACCGAAGCCACAACCACUCGAUUCAUCAGCAUCAUCUUCGACUGCCAAAACUGACCUCAGUGGUUUACGUACAAUUGAUAAAAAUAAACCAAUACCGACGAGUAAGCCUCCAUUGAAGCCACCAUAUGUGGCAAACAACGGUUUGAAGAUGCCGCCAUUUUUAGAUCCGGCAAUGGCUGCACAACUUCAAUUGCAAUCACAAUUGUUUUGGCAACAUUCUGGAAAUUUCCCAUCAAUGCCUGGCCUUGAUUUCGGUCGAAGUUCGUCUCAAAAUUCAGCAUCUGGUUUCCCACCAAGUGCUGAGAAUUUUUUUGCACAACAAAUGAUUCAAAAGAUUCAAGAAGAACAGCAACAACAAUUUAAAUCGCCAGUGAAUGGAAAUCAGAAUAAUUCCAAUGUCAAGACACAACGAGAUUCAGAAAAUAUGUUUGAUGCUGGUGGAACUAAUGGCUCGUCAUUGUUUCUUGAUGAAGUUAUUCGUCAAAGUCUCGAUAAGAAAACAAACGAAUUAAAUCAUGGAACUUUAUAUGAGCAAUUGCUGAAAAAUACGAAAAAUUCUAUGCUUAGUUCGGGUGCAUCUGAUGAUAAUGGAUACUCUCCUAGAUCAUCCAAGGCAAUGAAAAGAUCGGGAAGUCCUUCUGACUAUAGUCAACAUCCCGAAAUUAAAAGAGAGCGUGCGAGUCCGCCACCAAACGAUAAUGACUCUGAUUAUUCAAUAUCAGGUCAAAAUCUGGCGUUAAAAGAAGAACUUAACGGUUCAAUGAAAAAUGAUAUAUCGGAUACUAAUUCAUAAUUGAUAGCCAAAAAAAAUACUAACUUACACGUAAUGAUAUAGCAUUUCAUGUUAAGAAACAAUCUUCUCACGAGAGUCUCAACUGUAACGAGAAGCUUGUGUUAAAAAUAAAAAGUGCAAGUUAAAAGAUGUAUACGUAGUUAUGGAAAAAAAUAAUAAGGAGAAAACCAUCAAAUGAUGUUGCAUUGAACUGCAUAAAUGAUUCAAAAUAUGGCAGAAACAUAUUUUGAUUAAUAAAAAAAUAUACAAAAGUAAGAAAAAUAAUUAAAUCAAACCCUCAUGAUUAAAAUUGUCCAUAACGCUUAAAUAAUAAGAACUUUCCCAAUUUUAUUAGUUUAAAUAUCACUGGGUGUGUGUGUAUGUGUGAGUGGCAUUUACAUCAAUGCACCGCACUUUAGCUAAUGUUUUGCGAAUCAUAAAUAAAUGAAAAUAUUGUUGUAAUAUUUUUCAUCAAUAGAUUUUCUUUUGACAAUCGACAUGAAAAAGGCUUUUCCAAUUUUACUGAUGAAAAUAAAAUGAUGACAUCAAAAUCGAAUUAUUUUCUAUUAAAAAACUUAUUUAAAUCACAUAAUUCUUAAUAAAAAUUUUAAUUUCUUGACGAAAAUUGUUAAAGAAAUGCAUGGAAGAAAAAUUCUGCGAAACUCAAAAUUAAAUAAAAUUUAAAAUAAUCUGAAGCGAUUGUGACUCUUUGUCCAAUCAGCUCUGAUAAAUCACUCAAAUGUACCAAAAAAAAUAAGCAUUUUUGACUUAUACAUAUUUCGUGUAUAAAAUUAUAUUGAUAUUUGGUGUUCAAAAUUAAGUAUAAAAAUAACAAAAAAUUACUGUUUGUAAUCGAUGUAUACAUUCCGCGAAAAUAUUCAGAAAUAACUGCAUUUGAAGACCACUUUUGGACCUUUGAUUACUUCAGGAUCUUUCUAAUGCAUUUUCUUUGGAAGAAAACUUUUCUUCUAAUCACAUUUCCCUUUGAAUUCUUUUCAAUUUACAUAGUUUCCAGCAUGCAUAAACACUUUAAAAGAAAUCAACAAGACUUGACAUGAAAGAAAUCUAAAGCGAGAUAAACAAUAACUCAUCAUUGAUAAAUGCUAAAAGCUGAAAUCUGAUAACGUUGGUUACAUAUAGCGGUCGAGAACAAUAAAAUGUUUACGAAAAAUAAAUAAUUCACAAAAAUAAAACAAAGAUUGAUGAUGAUACUUUUGAUAUACAACAUAUUUUUAUGAAAGACUUUUUACAACGUUUAAAUCAUGAGGAAAAGAAUUCGGAUUAAACAGAAUUUAAAAUUUAAAAAAAUAAAAAACAUAAAAUUCAAAAGUAAUGUUAUUUAGGAGAAAAAAAAUCAAACAUCUUUAAAUCGAUUUAUGCUAUUGACGGUGAACUAUAUUUUAAAGAAAGCAAAAAAAUGAAAUUAUUUAUAUACACAUAUUAUAUAUACAUAAUGAAAAAUGGAAAGAAUAUAUGUGUGUGUCUUCACGUGUUGCAUAAUACCUCAAAAACUUUAAACAAAAGGUAAAUUAUGAUUUGUUUCGGCAUUUAUUUAAUUCCUGUCGAAAUUUUCUCUAUGAAAUAUCAAAACCAAAGUAAAGUUCAUUUUAAAUCUACAUACGGUUGAAGCUGAAGCAAAUUCGUGUAUGACUUAAAUUUUUAAUUAAAUUUCGUCAUUUACGGAACUUUGCCAUGCAGAUCCAUUAAAAAAAUUGUAUACCUAUUUUAAAAUCAAUCUAUCCAAAUGAAAAAAGGAAUCACUUUCGAUAAAGAAAAAAAAAUCAUACUACCUAGAACAUAUAUUUUCGAUGUUUUCAAAUCAUAAAUAAAAAUAAUUGUCUGGAGGAAUUUAUGGAAUAUAUAAAAACAAAAAUAUUUUGCUUACGGGAGAUUUUUCCCAAUAACUUUUCGAGAUUAUAAAAAUUAUACUUGUGAAAUCAAAUGAAAAAAAUAAUCGAGUUUUUGGCUAUACUAUGAUGAUAUGAAAAGGACUUAUUGAUAACAUAAAACAUACCUUUUUGUAUAAAUUUUGUUUUCGGGUCAUUUAUCCCAAUUUAAAUAUUGUCUUUUGUAAACACGUGGCACUGUCUGUGAUUUAUCAUAAAGAAAAUAUGUAAGAACCAUUGAAUCGUUUCAAGCACAUUGAACAUGCGCCUCUUAAAGUGUUUUGAGUUUAUGCAAUCUUUACGUUCUGAAGUUAAAAAUAAGAAAAGGAAAGUAUGGAAAGUUCAUGAAAAUUAAGAAAAGCCACAUUUUAUUAUAAAAAGAACGAGAGAAAACAAGAAAAAUCAAAAAUACAUUCUAGUAAAAUUUAAACAAUUUUUAAAUGAUCAAGAAAAUAUUUAAAAGAAAAUAAACGUGAAAACUAAGUGCAAUUAGAAUGAUGAGAAAAAUAAAACCAUAUUGAAUGAAAAAUAUUAUGUGUAAUAAGGAUAUUCAAAUGACAAACCUUAUAAUCAAAUUAUCAUCUUGCGAAAAAGAAAAAUUCAAAAGCUUUGUAAAGA